CACAUCAAAUUAAAUGGAGAAGAAGAUAAUACAACUCUUGUUUAUAUGUUAUAUUUUUCAUGAACUGAUUAUUGUGUCAAGUGCACUUCAAGUUGGUUUUUACGCCAAAAAAUGUCGUGCAGCCGAAAGUAUUGUACAACAAGAAGUGCAACGCUCCUUCUCUACUGAUCGUUCCAUCACAGCAGCCUUGCUUCGGAUGUAUUUUCAUGACUGCUUUGUCAGGGGUUGUGAUGCAUCAAUACUGAUAGACUCGAAGAACACUCGAAACAAGCAAUCUGAAAAAGACGCAGGACCAAACCAAUCAGUAAGAGGAUAUGAGGUUAUUGAUCGGAUAAAGAGCCGAGUAGAGUCUGCAUGCCCAAGUACCGUCUCCUGUGCUGAUAUCAUAGCAUUAGCUACUUGCGAUUCAGUGGCAUUAGCUGGAGGACCUAAGUAUAACAUCCCCACAGGGAGACGAGAUGGGCUGAUCUCAAAUCCAUCAGAAGUUAACUUACCAGGACCAAGUUUAACAGUUGAAGAAGCAUUAAAAAUUUUCACAAACAAAGGGUUUAGCCUGAAUGACAUGGUUACUCUUUUGGGUGCCCAUACCGUUGGAAUUACACAUUGUAGUCUUAUUCAAGACCGUAUAUCCAGAUUUGACGGGAGUAUGGAUUCUAACUUGUUCACAAGACUUAGUAAGACUUGCGCUGCAAGGAAUAAUGAUCCCUCUGUUUUCUUAGAUCAAAGCACGUCAUUUAUUGUGGACAAUGAAUUCUACAAGCAGAUACGGUUGAAGAAAGGGUUGUUGAAAAUUGAUCAACAACUUGCAUCUGAUAGGUCAAGUGCUGGGAUUGUUAAGAAUUUUUCUAUAAAUCCAAAAGCCUUCCAACAGGCUUUUGCAAGUGCAUUGAUCAAGUUAGGGAACACACAAGUUCUCGAGGGAAAAUUCGGAGAAAUUAGAAAAAAUUGUAGAGCAUUCAAUCCUCCAGCUCAGCAGAAAAAACGCCAGCCUAGAAAGAAGAGCUUUCGCCCAAAGAAUCCUCCACCUCGCAAAGGAUCAAAGUUUUCAAUUCCAUUCAUUGCACCUUAAUUAAUAAGUCUAUAACAUUCUUCAUUACACAUAUUAUUGCAAGCAUCUUUUUUAUCCA